AUGGCUUCCUCUAGUGGAACAUCUUCAGGGUCAUCUUUGCUUCGAAACUCAGGUUCCGAAGGAGAUUUGCAGGCAUUGAUGGAUCAGAGGAAGAGGAAGAGGAUGAUAUCGAAUCGGGAAUCAGCAAGGAGGUCUAGAAUGAGGAAACAGAAGCAUUUGGAUGAUUUAAUGGCUCAAGUGGCUCAGUUGAGGAAGGAGAAUCACCAGAUCAUUACAAGCAUCAACAUCACCACUCAGCAUUAUUUGAAUGUCGAGGCUGAUAACUCAAUACUGAGAGCUCAAGUUAGUGAGCUCAGCCACAGAUUGGAAUCCUUGAAUGAGAUCAUUGGUUUAUUGAAUUCAAGCAAUGAUGUUUUUGUAGAUUCAAGCACCUUCAACGAGCCAGCAGCUGACAGCUUCUUCAACCCACUGAGCAUGUCAUAUCUGAAUCAGCCUAUAAUGGCCUCUGCAGAUAUGUUUCAAUACUGA